AUGACUGAUAAUAAGACAUUAGUAGAUACGAUUAAAGAACAUAUACCAAAUCCAGCUGAAAUGAUAAUUGAUGAAAUAAUUCAUAUGUUUAUUCAAUGGUAUAAUCGACGAAUUUUAAUAUUUUCAAGUUUAAUUAUGAUUACAAUUCCGCUUUAUAUGAUUAGUAUAGGUAUAAUUUAUUUUCAUUCAUGUCCGAAAUCAUUUUAUAUUCCUUUACAUAUGAUUAUAUGUGGUAUAACAUCGUUAAUAGCUGCUAUUUUACUUUUAAUUAUAUCCAUAAUAUGGAAACGAGCUAUAAAAUAUACAUCAAAAAUAACUUUUCAUACAGCUCAAUUGACAACAAUAAUUUUAUCAUUUUUUGAAAUAAUUAUUAAUUUGAUUUGUUUAUCUUGUUUAAUUUUAUUAACAAUUAUAGUUAUAAACAUAUCGAAUAGUGUUGAAUUAAUUAAUCAAGUAUCAUUAUCUUUUUGUCAUCCAAUUAUUUAUUAUUCAUCUUAUACAUUACUUUUUUUUAUUUAUACUAUUUUAAGUAUAAUUAUGAUUAUACUUUUUCUUAUAUUUCAUCAAUAUCAUAUAACACAAAAAUAA